CCAGAAUUAGAAUCAGAAUGCCUAGACAAUAAAGAAGGAAGUAAAACAAGUAGUAAGACAGUAGUAAAUAAACAAGGUAGUGUUAAGAAACAUAGGAAUGAUAAAAUUAGUAAUAUUAUAGAUAGUUACUGCUCAUCCACAUAUAAUAGUCCAAGUUUUGUUCUUGUGCAACUCAAUAACUUUUAUAAAGAAAUAAGAGAAUUGGAGUUUGAACAUAUAAAUAAAACAGAUAAAAUUGUUAGAGAAUCUCCUAAUUAUGAAUAUUCUCAAGAAAAGAAUGAUAGUAAUCUUGACCCUAACAUAAACCAAGAAAUUGAUCAAAAUAAAAAUUUUCGAGAAGUUCUUGUUAAAAGUCCUGAAUUAUGUAAAGCACAUAUAUCCAAAACUAGUAACUUUAUCAAUAAGCUGAAAGAAUUUGAAUUUCUUAAACCAAAGGAAAGCAAUAAGAAUUUUGGAAACCCUUUUAAUAAAAAUCUUGGAAGUUCUAGUGAUAAAUAUAAAAGUCUCAGUAUUUUAGAAGAUCUUGAGACUGAAAGUAACCAAAGUAAAGGUUUAAGCCUUGAAAGUUCUAAAAACAGUAAAAAUAUAACAUUAGUUCAAGUACUAAAGUUAAAGAUUAAGCAAAACAAUAGUAAACCUUACAAUAAAUGUAAUACUGCUAUUAAAUCACUUGAUAUAGGUGUAAAGAAAGAAGAAGGCU